UAUAAUUGUAUCAACAAUAAAAUAUGUAUACAAAUAUUUUUUAAUUUAUUUGUUAUAUGUAAUUGAUAUGGAUAUUGUGAAGAAAUCAAUAAUACAAGUUGGAUCUAAGUGUGCAAUUUAUGUGCAAAAUGUCUGUAGAUACAUGUGGAAGAGUAAAUUUGGGCACUGCUGGAGUAAUAACAACCGCAAAUCCAAGCGGCGGCAGCCAUUCGGCACUUUUACAAAAGCAAAUGUCAUUCAAAACAUCCGUUGGUGCCAAUCAAUUAUCGAAAGCAGAUGAAAUAGAAGUUAUUGAAAACGGUCACAACGAUACUUCAUCGGCACGCUACAAUAAGAAUACCACCCUUGGUUGGAUAUGCUGUGCACCAUGCAUAUGGCUGCGCACUUCUGCAACUGUUCAUAAAAUUGCAAUUACUACUGCAACCUUGUUAGUCACUUCUCUGCUUGUUGCAUCGCCAAUAUUAUUUUUAAUAAGUACUGCACCAUCACAACUGCCACGAGAUUGUUAUUCAGACGAUGAAGAUUGUAUGCCGACAGCAGCUCCGCCUCCUGAGUGCUUGGAUCCUGUGUGUAAAAUAGCAGCGUCAAGUAUACAUGCAAAACUCAAUUGGAAUUUCGAUCCUUGCGUGGACUUCAAAAACUUUAGCUGCUCAUCCAGUUCAAACAUUAAUGGACUGGCAAGUCUACGUGCUAUUCGUAGUGCACAGGAAUCUGUUGAUUUGCAAAUGCAACGUAAGUAUAUUUGUGAUUUCUAUUGA